UUAAGCGAAUGCCAUGACAUGAUCAAAUAUCAGUGGGUCUCCGGCGCUGCCAUGGCGGGAAGCAACACUCCGAUAUUCAACGAUCUUCUCUGUUUCUUCAGCGGGAAAUUACGUGUCGUCUCGCGUCACGCCUUAACUGAUGCCGUCGCUCGGUUUUACAGUAGCGACGAAGUGAAGUUGGCCUACGACAUACUGCAGGACUGUCUGAGCAGAGGCAGCGACCAGGGCAGUGCAGACGGCAGAGGCGGCGGCGGCAUCAACUUCGACUCUAAAACGGACGUGGUCAGCCGCAUGCACGACAUUCUCUCAAAAGUUUCAGCCAACGACAUGCCGUUCUUCGUGUGUCGGGACGUGAACAACAUUCCCACCUGCAGCAGCGACGACGGAGGCCGCGCUUUGCCAGAUGUGGGGCGCCUCAGCCUCCAUACCUCGUCGUCCGCCCUCGGCAUCGGCUCCGAGGAUCAGCGAGGGGCUCACGAAGGGCAGCCGGACGCGCAGGCAGCUCCUGGUCGUUCAAGGGAUGUCGUCGAACAGAUUUUUUCAGAAGUGGACGUCAACUCCUCCCUCAUGAUGGAGGCGCAGGCCAGGCUGAGGACCUGCCAAGAGAGUUCGCCGAGGACGCCGCCGAAGGUGACCGAUCCUGACCUCGGGACGCUAGAAGCCCUACAGCAGGAGCUCUCCGCGACCUACGCAUCCUACACGAAGGUCGACCUCGCGUCCGGUAUGAUAUCCCAGGACACCUGCCACGUUGACAAGAUAUACUUUCCGUGAGUUCUCCUUUCCUCUUUUAUUCCCUUUUCCUGUAAUGCAUUAUCAUCACUUUAUUCUUAUUUUUUGUGUCUGCAACUUUUUUAUUUUGUGAUGAAAAUAUCCCAUCAUAUGGUUGAACCUUGCUCUCUGCGUGAGCGAAGGAUGGCACGCAACGGUUUGUGGCCAAAAGCUGUCUAGGUGAUUAUCUGUUCAUUCUGACCAGUCAUAAAGGUUAUAAAAGGGAAAAAAAUAUUAGCUAAUUUAUUCAAAAGCGAAAUUAUAGUCCCAGGAACUCGUGUUUAGCUCACCAGAGACGAGCUUCUCCUGACGAAUCUUGCAGACUACUAAAUACCCGCUCGGGUGAUAGCUGUUGACUCAGUAGUUCCGCCAGUGUGAGGACCGACUGAGGAGCCCGUGACACUAGACUUAUCAGCUGCUGCCCCCUGCUGGGUGUUCCGAGGAGACAGGGCGCUGGCGCUGACUCAUGACUAGUUGAGUCGGUGGUGCGACUGAUGAGUGAUUGGCCAAGUAAUAAACAGUGAAUGUUGAUGAUUUGUCAUUCAUCAGAG